AUGAGCCUCGACAAUAUAACCCCGAACGGCCUUACUACUAUAGACCGCAGCGAUGAGCUCUGGGAGGAGGCGAUGGAGCAAGUCCGAUUGUUAUCCACGUGUUGCAAGGUUGAAUCUUUGGCCGAGAGCUUGUUCGGAAAACCCGUAAACUCAAUCGACCCAUUGAUUAUUGGCGGGUUCAACGUACUAUAUCCCAUUCAAAUUAAAGAUUCAUCCCCUCACGUUCUGGUUCGCCUGCCCUGCCCCAACCAGGCCGUGUUUCCUGAAGAGAAAACACUUGCAGAAGCCGCGACGGCAGCGUACAUCAGGCAACAUACUCAACCACCAGUAUCAGAAGUCUUCUACCAUGGUAUUGAUCCCGACAUUGGGCCGUUCAUGAUCAUUCAAGAUCUCGGGUCAUGCCGAGUCAUGGGCCAGGCUCUUGAGGCUCCCGCAAAGACCCCAACGAACGUGAAAAUGGCACGGUGUGUGCUGCAGCUUCCACAACUUAGUUUUCCGCGCAUUGGAGCUCUCAUCGGGACAGGUACUGGAUCCUACGGUGUAGUAGGACGACCUAUCACCCUUAAUAUGAGUAACAUGGUUCAACUUUCCAACAUCCUCAAAUCAAUCUUUCCACCCGAAGACAUCACGUAUGAGACCGCUGAUGAGCGGUACGUGGUGUUGGCCGAAAUGCAAAUAGGAACUCUCCUCUUCCAGCACAACGAUAUUGUAUCGUCGGAGGAUGACUGCAGGACCAAUAGUCGCUCGCCAACUGUUUCGCAAAUUGGCUACACAAGGCCGACUGUCAAACUUUGGUACGGCCCUCAUGCAACGUUGCCGGCGCCAGACGGUUCGGCCUCUUUCCGCCUCUGGUCCGAUAAUUUCAGGCCCGUUGGCGUUGUCCUUGAUGAGAAUAAUAACGAGGUUCUCGGGGCCAUCGACUGGGAAUUCGCCUACGUUUGCCCAACGCAGUUCGUCUUGGACUGUCCCUGGUGGCUACUGCUAGACGUGUCCGUCCGAGAUCAUCUACGAAAGACGGCUGACGACGUGGCUUUCGGCUAUGGAAGAGGCAGAACAAGACAUGAUUCCCGGCGCUUUCCUUCUCUCGGCGUACUGCGAGAGAGCUGGGGGACGGGCCGCUUCUGGCUUAACUAUGCCGCUAGAAGGAGCUGGGCGUUUGAUACUAUCUACUGGAAGUACCUAGACCAAAGGUUCUUCGACCUGUGGAAGACAAGGGUGCAUCUUCUACGCAAAGAACGAGCAGCUAUGGAGUCGUUGGUACAAAUAAAGAUGGAAGAAUCGAAGGACCGCGUGUUGAUAAAGUGGGACGCUGACAUGGCAAGGCAGCGCCUGUCUUCCUCUCUGCUCGACUGA